AACAAAAAAAUAAAAUAAAAUAACAGCUUUAUUGAGGCCUCUCACUUAUCAUACAACCCAUCCACUUGAAGUGGGUAAGUCAAAAUUUUUUUAACAUAUUCACAGAAUUGUACAACCAUCACAAUUUUAGAACAUUUUCAUCACCCCAAAAGAAACUCCAUAUUUUAAGCAAUCACUCCUCAUUUCCUCUCAAUCACCUUACUUUCUGUCCCUCUAGAUUUACCUAUUCUUGACAUUUCUUAUUAAUGGAAUCAUAUAAUAUGUAGUCUUUGUGAUUGGCUUUAUUCACUUAGCAUGCUGUUAUCAAGGUUCUUCUGUGUUUAGCAUGUAUCAGCAUUUAAUUUCUUUUCAUUGCAGAGGAAUUUUCUGUUGAAUGAUAUUUUAUUAGAUAUCCAUCAGUUGAUGGACAUUUGAGUUGUCUACUUUGGACAAUGGGUUCUACUUUUUGGCUAUGUUGAAUAAUACUGCUAUGUAUAUUCAUGCAUAAGUUUUUGUCUGGACAUGUUUUCUUUUUUCUUUGGUAUAUACCUUGGAAUGGAAUUGCUGGGUCAUAUGAUAACUCUGUGUUUAAACUUUGAGGAACUCCCAGACUUUUUUCCAAAUUGGCUGGACCAUUUUCUAGUCUUACCUGCAACAUAUGAGGGUUCCAAUUUCAGUUUAACUUUUAAUAAUACCCUCAAUUGGAUAAACAGUUCUGCCUGCUUUCUCUAAGCUAGAGAUUUUUCUAGGUGCUAAGAAUACAGCAGCGUACAUGGCUGACAAGUACGCUGCUCUCAAAGAACAUACAAUUAGGUGCAGGGAGACAGUAAGUCAAGAAAUAGAAUAAUUUCAGAGCAUGAUAAAUGUUAUGAAGUAUUGACUUGGGUAGGGGAAGACUUUAGAAAGAGUAGUCUGGCUAGGUUUCUAUGAGAAAAGAAAAAGUAUGAGCUGAUAUUGAGAAAUGUGGCUGGUGAGGGAAUACAAAAACUCUCCAAAAGUGUCACUUUUUGACAGGUUUUUAAGGUGAUAUGUUGAUGUGAUAGUGGUCAAGACUUAUAAUGGAUCAAUUAUUUUUUAAAUAUGUGAAUCUUUUAUUUAAAUAUUUAAAUCUUUUGCCUGUUUUUCUAUUAUGUUCAUUGUGUUUUUUUAGUGAUUUAUAGCAGUUCUGUAUAUUCUGGAUUCCAAGCCCAUUAAACAUGGACAAAAGAAAUGAAGAGAUAGUUAACAGGAAAGGCAAUACAAAUAACUCUUAAACAUGUGAAAAAAAGUCCAACUUGCUCAAAAUAAGGUAAAAAAAUGACAGCUACCAUUUAUUGAGUUUUUACUAUGUCUCAGGCAGAAUUCUAAGCAUGUCAUAAACAUUAACUCAUCUUAUUUUCACAAAAAUGUUUGAAAUUAGAGUAUGUUAAUAAAUAUCCUCAAUUGACUUAGGAGGAAGUGAAGACACAGAGGUUAAGUGAUCUGUGCAGGGAUGCAUGGCUCCAAGUGAUUGGCAGAGCAAGGAGAUGGCCCCAGAGCCUACACUCUUAACCACUACAUCCUACUGACUUUCAAGAAUCAAAACAAAGUAAAACUGCACUGAGCUAUCAUUUUUUAUCUAUCAGAUUGGCAAAGAUCAAAAACUAUGAUAAAAGUGUGAUGGAAAGGAGUAUAGAGAUUUUUAAAAAUUGUCAGGGGGAAUGUAAAUUGGUACAACCUUUCUUUGAUGGCAGUUUGGCAAUAUGUGUCAAAUUUUUAAAUGUUAUAAUCCUUUGGCCCAGCAAUUUCAAUUCUUGGAAUUUAGCCUUCAUACUUAUUUGCAUGAACUGUUGUAUGUGUUCAAAGAUACUUGUAGCAUUGGUUAGACUAGUAUAAGCUUGGAAACAAUCUAAAUGUUCAUUAAUAAGGGGCUGGUUAAAUUAUGUUAUUCCCAAUCAAUGUAAUGCUAUUAUAUAGCCUGUCAAGGAGAAUGAUGAAGCUCUGUAUACCCUAAUAUAGAACCAGUUUCCAAGAUCUGCUAAGUCAGAAAGUUAAGGUGCAGAAUGGUGUGUUGGAUGUGUUAUGCAUAUUUGUAUCUGAUAUAGGAAAAAUAAUAGAAAUAUGUACUUGGUGUGGAAAUAUAUAAAAUAUUUCCAGAAGGAUGCACAAGAAACAUGACACUAUUUGCCUCUGGAGGAGAACAAGGUGGUUGGGAUCAGGAAUAGGAAGGAGACUUCAAGAUGUGCUUUUUGCAUUUUGAACUAUGUGACCCUAUAUUAAAAAUGUUAAAACGAAAAUAUACUUUAAGAGAAAUCUAAGUCUUAAUAAUAGUAGUUAAUAAAGAGCCAUUUUGAGCUGUUCUGCAGUUUAUUUUUCCAAAUAGUAAAGGCCUCAAUAAUUUUUAGUCUUUGUUUUGUUAUGAAAGAUAGCAAUCAAAUGAUGUAUUCUAGGUGGCACUGCUCUGUUGAAAUGGUUGAUGGAAGCAACAAUAGAGCCAAUGCCAUGUCUUUGGUACUAUGAGGAAAAACAGACUGUAUUUCAUCUUUUCUUUCUUCCUUUCUUUUUGCUUUAUUUUCUAAGUCCACUUUGGACAAUGGAUUCUUGCUUUCACAAUUUUAAAGAAACAUUUGCAAUCUGUAUGAGCAAUUGCUACACUAAACUACAAAUGGUUUCCCAUUUGUAGUUACUCAGCUUGCAGCUCCUUCGUAUCAGCAGGAACUCUAGGUAUAUUUUGGUAGGCAAGAAGAUUUGGACCGUAAAUGGCAAAUGAUAAAAAGAUAUACUUUGCAAGAAGACAAAAAAUCUCCUGCCAAAUCACAUUCUUAGGGUAUAACCAAGUUAUUUACAUAAAUAUAAUUGUCUGUUGAUUGCUCAUGUUGCAACUUGCUGUUCUUUGUUCUUUACAAGAUUAAAUUGGUUUCUGCUAAUGUCAAGUGACAAAAAUACACAUAAAUAACACUAGCUAGCUCUUUGUACUAAAGUAUAAAACAUUUGGAAAGAACAAAGGCCAGGAACGAUGGCUGGUACUAUCUAGGCUAGAAAUACAUGGUACUAAUGUAGGAAGGUUUUAUAAAAUGAAAAGAAUGAAGUGGAAUUUUGAAGGCAGAAAGAAAAUUAAAUUUUUGAGGGGGAGGUGUUAGAGUUUCUAGGGAAGUGAUAGCAAGUUUUUGCCAAGAUAGAGGAAAAAGUGAAGGCAGUAGUUAAGAUGAGGAUUUUUGGUGGAGCUUAACAUACAUUAAAGAGGAAUAGUUCAGAAUAUGGGCUUUGGGGUCACACAGAUCUGGGUUUGGGUCCCAGUUUCACUACUUUCCAGCUAGGUUGCCUUGAGUAAGUAACUCAGUAACCUUUCUAUGUCUCACUUUUAUAAUUUCUAAAAUGGAGAUAAUUAUAGUGUUUACCUCAUAGAGUGGCUGUGAAGAUUAAAUGAAAUUAUGCAUGAAAGCAUAUGGCCAAGUGCCUUGCAGACAGAAGAUGCUCAAUAGAUAUGUUACUGCUGUUAUUGAUAAUUUUGAGGUGACAACCAGUUGAAUCUCUUUCAUUGUUGUAAGUUUGAGGAAUCCAGAGGCAAAAUGAUGAUGAAUAAAGCCCCCACAUAUAGCUUUAGUUAGAUUGAAUGUGUUAAUGAGAGAAUACAUUAGAUGUUCUUUAGAUGUAAUAGGUGCUCAACAAAUCCUAAUUUUAUUGAUAUAAUUCUUUAUCUGUCCUUGCCAAAGGAUGAAAUGAAAAUAAUUCUUGAGAAACAAGAUACUAGGAAUUGAAGAAUAAAUGGAAGGUUUGAGGUUAGAGACAGACACUGGUUACCAAAUAUUUAGGUUAUAAACUCCAGUUGUGCUGGAUGAACUGAUGUAACUUCUUCACGAUAAAAGUUAGCAAGAUUUAACGUGGGUAGAAGGAGAGAGAAAAGUCAAAGAUUUAUGGAGAGGUUAAAAGCUUGGAAACCAGAGAACAUAUUGGUUCCACUGUCUCUGAUAGGAGAGUUAAGGAAGAUGUUUCGGAUAUGUUUAGUUUUGGAUGACUGUAUAACAUCCAAGUGUGUACACUGUAUGGAUAAGAAAUGACAGACUGAGGAAAGGAUAAGAGAAAGUGGUCUUGUUGGCAUAUGAUUCUUAAACAUUCCAAGAUUAUCUCUUCAGUAACUUUCCUGUUUAUGGAAUUGAGAUAAUGAAGCCCCAACUUCUGAUAUAUUUACACUCCAUUUUGAAGAAUUUUGCUAGCUUAAGAUUCUUAGUAUUAGCAAAGCUUUAACAGACCAGUACAGUGUUGUGUUAUCUGUCAAUCUUGCGGUGCUCAUUUCUGGGCUUCAGGGAGCACUUUGGACAGUGUGCCAUUCAGAUGCCUCUUAGUAAAUGUAGGUAUCAGCAGAGGGACUAUUCUUAUGCUUUUUAUAUUCCUAGACCUGUCCUUUGGCUUUUUAGCUUAAAUAGUAAAGAACAUAGUGAAGAUAAAUAAUUGUGACUUGUCUAGUAUUAUGCUGAUAUUUAAACUGUCUUCUAGAAGAUUCUUCUGUCGAUAGAAAUAACUUUGGAAUAAAAGAGGAAUUUUUCCAGGAUGGAGUUUUUGUUGUUGUUGUUGUUGUUUUAAAGCACUGGAAAUGUGUCCGUUGUGUUUUAAAUAUGACUUACAAUGAAUUUAUUUAAUAGUGUUCUGGUUAAAUGCAAAUAAUGCUAUCAUUGAUAUGUUGGCUUUUUAGCAAUUGUUUCUUAUAGGAUGUGUAGCAAUAGGUAACAUCUUUUUUCUGGCCUUUUUUGCUUGGCUUUUAUAUUAUUGCUAAUAUAUGCUUCUUGGGGUUUAUUACUGACUCCUAACAUACACUCUAUCCCUUAGUGAUAGCUCACCCUCUGAGUGACUUUCUCCUUUUCCUUUAUGGGUAGAGUGAAGGGCAAAGACUGAAAAUACUUAAAUUACAGGGUUAUUUCUUUGUUCUUUUUCUUUGUUUUGAAUCUCAUUCUAACUGAAUUGCCCUUGCAAAGGGCAUUAUAAAGAGAGUUCAAGGUAAGGGUUUGAACUCAAGGUAUACCUCCUUGUAAACAAAGGAGGUAUACCCCCUUUGAUUUUAAGUUGUUCAUUUUGUUACUGUUAUGUUAUUGUCUCCGUAGCGUCUCACACUUUUUUGAUUUGUGUUGAUAAACUAGCCCAAUUAUUAUAUAGCAUCAAACUAUAUUAUUAUUUAUAAUUUUUAAAAUUAUUAUGUACUAACAUUUAUUAGGGCUUACCAUGUACUAGGGACUGUGACAGGCUCUUUACAUGCAUUUGUUGUGGUUUGUUUGAUUAGUCCUACUUUUCACAUGAAAAAACUAAGGCCCAAAAAAGUUUUAAUAUAUUGUCUAAGGUCACCAAGUUAUUAAGGAGUAGAGCUGGGACUUGUUACCAAGUUCUAUCUAAAUCCUAAACCCAUAGCCUUAGAUCCUAAACUAUUUGAGUAAUUAGAUGAGUACAGAUAGUUAAAUUUAUUCUCAUUGUUGAAAACUCAAAUAUUUUGUUCCUGUGUAUUAAAAAUCAGACUUGGCUAAUGCUUGGUUCUGUGGGGUUAGGAGAAAUGUUGGUGAUUCUUCUAUUUGUGUUAAUCUAGCACCCUAUAGUUACUAUGUCUUUUGCCUUGGACUUGGGAUGUGGUAGACAGAAGAGAAAUGCAUGACUGCAUUUUUAUGUACAUAACUGUUGUAACAGGACAUUUAUAACCACUCUAGUUUUCUUCUUCUUUGCUAUUUCAUCCCUGGAGUGUUGUCUUACCUCAGUUUGUUCAGUGACAGAAAAGACAGGAAAAGAGUGAAGUCUCUGGAGUAUAGCUCUACUGUUGUAUGACUUGUUUUGGUCUUGAGCUUGCACUGCCUAUAGUACAUACACCCAGCAUUUGUUCAGAUGCUGUUGAGUGGACAGUGCUUACUUUCCUGUAGGCAGAAUUGAUUGUCUUGAUUAAAGAAUCAAGGGAGAUUAAGUUGUUCUCUUAACUGUUCUGGAUGUUGAAGUUAAUUUCAGAAACAUUUUGUAGUAAACUGUAGUACUUGUUUAGUGUGGAACAUUUUCAUGGGGAGCAGUAGAAAUAGUUUUACUUCAGUGCUUUUGCUUUUCAGUGAAGCUUUUGUUAUGCUGUUGACAAAAAUCUAUAUGAAAAAUUUGAGUAAAAAACUAUACUAUAUCUGAAAUAUGAGAUAAUUUUAUGAGACAUUUAUAAUUCAGAAAGCAUGCAUUUUCUUAUAUUGUAUCUCAGGCUCUAAUUUUAAAGACUUUCAUUUAUAUCUGUGUUUUGAUGAAGUAUCAAUUUAUCUUCUGCCUUCAAAUGACAACGUAACUGACCUCCUUAAGAUGGAGGUUAGAAAUAUAAGCUGUUUCUUAAAAAGCCAAAAGUUGCUUCAGCGAGUUUUCCUUGUGCUAGCACUUCUCUUUCGGGCCAUCUUACUGAAGCUAAACAUCAGUUCAGUUGACAACUUUACUCAAUUCUAGGCAACAGUGGCUAUGCUGUGGCCUGCAGAGACAGUGAAUCCAUUCUGGCUCUGACACCCAAUUUUAUUGUAAAACACAUUCAUGUUGACAUCAUAUCAGUUUUCUGAACUAUUACAUGCAUAAAAGAAUUCACCCCUUUCCAUUCAGUCUUUCUCAGCAUUACAGUAAGGAGAAAUCUGCACACCCAAUGUUUUCAUUUUGCAUUUAAUGUGGUCUAGUCCAGAAAAUAGCGGCAUCAGUUAAAAACAUGUUUUUCUGGAGGCACUUAGCAGAGUAUAUUAGCUUAAUGGUAUUCAUUGGUAGGAGAGGACUGAAGAGACACACACAAGGCAGUUUUUAGGAGAGAACAGUUUAGGGUAAAACAAGUCAAUAUGGACCCAAGAUUAUGGGGAUUAGUUGCCCCAGUUCUUUUGCAUGCAGCUGCCAUUUGAAGGCUUGCAUGCUGGGCCUCAUCUAUGCCCAAUUUUGUGGGCUUUGCCUCCUACUUGACCUUUUUGAUUGUAUUGUUUUUGUGAAGGCCUUUUAUUGCUGAUUUUUUUUUCUUGUUUUACUUAUAUUGGAACUUGCUAGUUUUGCUUGUAGAACUUGUUUCAAAUAUGAUCCAAAUCUUUAUCUUUAGUUUAUGAGGGGAAAAGGAAUCUUUCAUGCACACAAAAUUCAGCCCUUCCAUUUUUAUGUCAAUUCUAGCUUUGUACGGAGUGUUACUGAGGCUAUCUUUGUCUUUCACAAUAAAGAAAUUUGGCCUUUUCAGUUUUUAUAGUGCUUGAUUGACUUAUUUGGUUUCCUGAUCCUAAAAUAUGAAGGUAUUUUCUUUUCCUUUUUCUCUGAAUACAGGCCUCCCCAAAAUAUCCACAAACCUAGUGAGGUUUAAUAAGGUUUUCCUUGUUAUUUGGUUCUACUGUUCUGAGACUGUCCACUAGGAAUUUCAUUUACCCAUAAGAGACUGACAUUUUAACAUGGCGUGAUUGCAAAUUCUGUUUCUAAACUAAUAUAAAUGCCUACAUUUGAUUACUAAAAUGUGAGUCUGUCAUUUACAUAAGAUUUUAAAAGGAGUGGUUCUCAAGCCUAUAGAUGUAUGUAUGUUAAUUAAUUCUUACCUAUAUUAUUUUGCAUCUAGUUUGAUCCAUCAUAUGGGGCACAUGGACAAUUUUUAAAAGGCUUUUUCUUAUUAUCUGUAUUUCCUAAACAUUAUGGGCAGAAUAAGGUUGUAAUAGAGAGAGAAAAUUGCAAACAUAUCCUGACUUUCCACCGGCUGGAUGCACAUUAUCUUUAUCUUUAUUUAUUAAUAAAAGACGGAAUGCCUUGGAAAACAAAAGGUUUUAAUGGCCGGUGCUUGGUAUCCUUGACAACAGUCCCGAAAGAAUAUUACAUUAGGGCACCAGAGAACUUUUAAAAAUAAGUAAUGGAAUUCCGUCUCUGUUAUGCUUUUAGUAGUCAUUUCGGCCAUGGUGCAGCGAGGUCAUAAGCUGAGCUCAGUGAAGGGAGCCAGAACAUGAAAUGAUGCUGAGAGAACGUCUGGGAGAUGAGAGGUCUCAGCAUCAGAGGAGCCCAGGAGGAGGACCCUCCCGAUCCCCAGCUAAUGAGACUGGACAAUAUGCUUUUGGCAGAAGGGGUUUCAGGUCCUGAGAAAGGUGGGGGAUCGGCGGCAGCAGCUGCAGCCGCGGCAGCCUCUGGAGGUUCUUCAGAUAACUCUAUUGAACACUCAGAUUACAGAGCCAAAUUGACCCAGAUCAGACAAAUCUAUCACACAGAACUGGAGAAAUAUGAACAGGCAUGUAAUGAAUUCACUACACAUGUGAUGAACCUUCUCCGAGAACAGAGUAGAACACGUCCCAUUUCCCCAAAAGAAAUUGAAAGAAUGGUGGGCAUCAUCCAUCGAAAAUUUAGUUCUAUUCAGAUGCAGCUCAAACAAAGCACUUGUGAAGCAGUUAUGAUUUUAAGAUCAAGGUUCCUUGAUGCCAGACGGAAAAGGCGUAACUUCAGUAAACAGGCCACAGAAAUCUUGAAUGAAUAUUUUUACUCACACCUCAGCAACCCUUACCCCAGUGAAGAAGCCAAAGAGGAGCUGGCCAAGAAAUGCAGCAUCACAGUGUCGCAGGUAUCCAAUUGGUUUGGCAACAAACGAAUCAGGUACAAGAAGAAUAUUGGCAAGUUUCAGGAAGAAGCCAACCUCUACGCUGCAAAGACGGCUGUGACAGCUGCACACGCAGUAGCGGCAGCUGUGCAGAACAACCAGACCAAUUCGCCCACCACGCCAAAUUCUGGUUCUUCUGGUUCUUUUAACCUCCCAAAUUCUGGGGACAUGUUCAUGAACAUGCAGAGUCUGAAUGGGGAUUCUUACCAAGGGUCCCAAGUCGGAGCCAAUGUGCAAUCACAGGUGGAUACCCUCCGUCAUGUUAUCAAUCAGACGGGAGGCUACAGUGAUGGUCUUGGAGGAAAUUCACUGUACAGUCCACAUAAUUUAAAUGCUAAUGGAGGCUGGCAGGACGCAACAACUCCAUCUUCUGUGACUUCUCCUACAGAAGGCCCAGGAAGUGUGCACUCGGAUACCUCUAACUAAUCUCUGGCCACACUUUUCCCUGAGCUGACAUGCCUUGAUAAGUGCAUUCAGAGCAAUAGGAGGAAAAGGAAAGCGUUUUUGUAGCCCACCAUCUACAGCUUUACUGUAAAACCUUGUCUUAUUAGAGAACUUGGUAAAUCUGUUUUUUAAAGAAUCAUAAUCAUUUGUAUUUAUACUUAAAAACACACAAUGUUAAAAAAGCACUUUAUCCAAUUAGGCCAAGAUUUAACAUUGUUGACAGUCCUGUAGCUAUUUUAUCAUAAUUUAUUAUCAAUAUUUUACAUUAAUGGUUUCACAGUUGCCAAUUACUUGGCCUUAAGGGUAAAAAGUACAAUGUACGCUAAACCUCAAUCGUUAAAGCAGAUGCAAAAAUUCACCUCACCUAAAUUGAACUUCUUGCAUUUUCCAUCACUGACUUUGAUUGUCUUUCUUUCAUAUCACUAAUGGAGUUGGAAUAAAGGAGCUGUUUGGCUAUCUCUGUUAAUGAUGGUUGUGUUUAAGAAUGUUCGUCACAUUUGUGUUGCGAUCUCUUAUGUUAUAAUUAGAUCAGAGACUGGUAGCACCUUUUCUCUCUCCGAAAGCGCCAGUGCCCAGAGUCUGCUCGGUAAUAAAAUUACGGAUCCAGAUUGUUCUGAGAGGUGAAGAGACUUGCUGCUGACAGAGGUGCAAACGAGAUCCGUGGGGUUUAUGGUGCGCACUGGGUGCUGCACAGGCUUGUCAAGGUCCGCUCCGUCCUCUGGGCAUCCACGAAGGGCCCUGCUCCCCGGAGCGCUGUAUAUAGUGUAGCAAAAGAGUAUUUAUACAUCUCACCAAUCAAAACACAGCUUUAUUACCUCAUGCGAACUCAUACAAACCAAUAGAAUUUCAACAUGUUCUGUAGCUUAGAGUGCUCACUUACUACCUCUGAACAAUACUCACGGCUGUAGUUUGUCUCUUUCUUAUCUUUUUGCAUCUUGUAAUUAACUCUUUGUUUCCCUUCAUAAAAUGUAAUGUACAUUGUAAUCUUUUAAAAGAAAAAUCAGGGUUGCAUUUGCAACUUUUAGAAAAACCGAGAGUGGAAACAUUGGGUCUUAAUUUAACACGGGAUCAGUAAGACUGUUGUAAAUACUGAGAAACAUUUUGAAUGUUCUUCAUCUUGUUACUAAUCCAUGCAAAAAAAAAAAAAAAAAAAGCGGCGACUAAUUGUGAUGCAUUCGGAUUUCAGUAUUCAGUACUGUAUAUCUCACCCUGUGUAAUGGGGCCCCCCUUUCUCUCUUUUUGUAUUGUAUGCGAUUCUGAAACUGAUUGAGUCAUGAAAAUAAUUUGUGGCGGUGAUUCUAAUGUAUUAAAAACGUUUCGUGUUCCUUUCUAACUGGAUUACACCCUGGAUUGAAAAAGUCUUCCUCGUGGUAGUUAUAUGUAGUUUCAAACAUGAAUAAACUUUUUGCUUUCAUGAUUAAA